GAGCCACAGGAGCUACCCCCAAAAGAUGUCAUCUGCAACGAGAAGACCCUUCCGUCCCUCCGCACCCUUCCUUUCCAUCGUCACUCUUAGUCGAAACAGCAGUCCCCUGCUAUCGAGUCUCAGAGUCCACCGCCAUGUCCCUCUCCCUUUCUGCCUCCUCUCUAUGCUCCCCUUCCUCCACCCUUUCCAGGCACAGCAAGCAACACCCGUCUCUCCCCUUCGAUCCCCAACAGAGAUUUCCUUCUAUCCUGAGGUCCUCUCCAGUUUUCUUGACUACCCAUCUCGCCCAACGCCCGGUUCCGGUCGUCCGGGCAGCUGCCACCGAUGCUGAGCCAGCCACCGAGGAGGAAUUCGAAGAAUAUGAGGUCGAAUUGGAUAAGCCUUAUGGGUUGAGGUUCUUCAAGGGCUCGGAUGGAGGGACCUACAUUGACGCCAUCGCUCCUGGUGGAUCCGCCGAUAAGUCGGGGUUGUUCACAGUCGGAGACAAGGUGCUUGCGACCAGUGCUGUGUUUGGGCCUGAGAUAUGGCCUGCUGCUGAAUAUGGGCGCACAAUGUACACAAUCCGCCAGAGGAUUGGGCCUUUGCUGAUGAAAAUGCAAAAAAGAUAUGGGAAGGUUGAGUUUGUUGAACUUACAGAGAAAGAAAUCAUUAGAGCUGAAAGAAACUCAGGUUUUAUCAGCGACAGAGUUAGGGAGAUCCAAAUGCAAAACUACCUAAGGUUGAUGGAACAAAAGGAGCGCAGAGAAAGGGAACUUCGGGAGGGUUUAAGGCUUUACAAGGAUGCGAAAUAUGAAGAAGCAUUGAUAAAAUUCGAGUCCGUUUUGGGGUCCAAGCCUGAACCUAGAGAAGCUUCCAUUGCAUGUUACAAUGUUGCCUGCUGUUAUUCUAAGCUUAAACAGGUACAAGCUGGUCUAUCUGCACUUGAGGAUGCCCUAAAAGCGGGUUAUGAAGAUUUCAAGGCCAUCCGUUCAGAUCCUGACCUUGCAACUAUAAGAGAUACAGAAGAAUUCGAGGGGCUAAUGGAGAAAUUUGAUGAAUCCUUCAUCAAUCAGAAUGCAGUAAAGGCCAUCAAGUCCCUAUUUGGCAUAUUUGGCAAUAAAUGAAAUUCUACUUGCACCGACAUGAUAUUCAAACACAGAUAUAUCAGAAUUCUGCAAAACUUGGACCAAGCCAAGUUUGGGAAUUGUUGGUGGUGGAUUCAGCAACCACGUUCGGCUGUAUAAUUCAGGCCAUCAUCUGGCAUGUACAUCUGUUCUGUAAAGAGCAACUACAAGAACAGAACUUCUUUCACCAUUUUCCUUUGAUUACAUCACCCAGGUGAUCUAACUGGCGCUUCAGCUUCCUUGCUCCCCGUUUUGCCUUUCCAAUAUCAAUUAUGAUUGUUAUGUAACAACUGUUCUGUGGAACAGUUAUCAUCGGAUCCCUUUCUUUUUUCUGUUCGCAUUUUGUUUUGAUGGAAACUACUCAACAAAGGGACAAUUUAUUGGUUCUGAACUUUGACUCA